AUGGUGUCCCCUGCUAUUGCUUUGGCCUUCCUCCCCCUCCUGCUGACAGUGAUCAUCAAGUACCGUUACUACUUUGUGCUGUUGUACCGGGCAGUUCUGGUCAGGACAUGGAAGGACUGUGUUACUGGUUUGACUCGAGAGGAGCGGGCUUAUCAGUAUGUCCUGACUCACGCCACCCCUGGAGACCCUGACAGCAUCCUGGAUGCCUUUGAUGUCUGGUGCAGCAAAGUGGAGUUCAUCAGCAACAUUGGGCCUAAAAAAGGGAAGAUCUUGGAUCGGCUGCUGAUGGAGCAGAGACCUCUGACAGUGUUGGAGCUGGGUGCCCACUGUGGCUACAGUACCGUACGGAUCGCCCGGAGUCUGCCGCUGGGAGCCAGGCUCUACAGCAUCGAGAUGGACCAGAGGAAUGCUGCCAUUGCGGAGAAAAUCAUUCGCUUGGCAGGUUUUGAUGAUGAUACGGUAGAGCUCAUUGUGAACCCGUCUGAUGAGGUGAUUCCUUGUCUUCGGUCUGACUACAAUCUGGAGAGGCUGGAUUUUGUCUUCAUGGACCAUUGGAAGAAGUGCUAUCUCCCUGAUCUGCAGAUGCUGGAGGGCUCUGGAUUGCUGGGAAAAGGAUCUAUGGUUUUGGCUGACAACGUGCUGUUUCCUGGAGCUCCUAAGUUCCUCAGAUACCUUCGCAAGAGCGGCCUGUAUGAAUGGAAGAUCCACCGGGCCACACUGGAGUAUAGCAAGGGUAUCAGGGAUGGGAUGGCUGAGCUGGUGUACCUGGGAAUCAAGUAG